CCCAGCACACGGGACAGACGGCAGCGACUUGUCCAGGCACCUGAGCUGCUGGGCAGUGGUAUUUAGAGCGCUUGCACAAAUGGAUUUUUUAACUCCUUGUAUUUAAAAUAAACGUGUCUUUUCUUGCAGUGCUGCUUGCUGUCUGCUCUCGGAGGCCUAGUGCCCUGCGCUGCCCGCUCUUCCCCAAGGGGCUGGGCAGAGGGGACAGCUCUAUCUCAGGCUUCUGCCAGGCCAGACUUUGGGUCUGCUGCAUGCAGGGAGGAGGCAGAUGGUGGUGGUGGACUGAAGCACGGCCUGGCUGCAGGCAGGCCUUUCUGGACAAGUCCAGGGGUCGGGCAUUUCCUCACAGCGCUGUGCCGGGGAUGCCCCGGUGCUGCCCCAUUGCAGCCCCCACGCCGCCGUUGCCCACGCACCGCAGGGAGCGUGGCUUUUUCAGCGGGGCCGUGCCACGUGGCGGAGCCGGGGGAGGGCAAAGAAGCGCGGCGGGUGCCGGCAGCGAGAUAGCACGGAGCUUCUCUACCUGAGCCGGCCUCUGAGCAGCCGAGCGGCGAGAGGAUAAAAUGUUCGGGGGAAAAAUGAGCAGCCUUGGGAAGAAGCUGAUCCGCCGGCGCGUGGUGGAUCUGAGCUCCGAGGAGACGCGCUUUGCACGCUGCCUCUCCACGCUGGACCUCAUCGCCCUGGGGGUGGGCAGCACGCUGGGCGCCGGCGUGUACGUGCUGACCGGGGAAGUGGCCAAGGAUACGGCCGGUCCGUCCAUCGUCCUCUGCUUCCUGGUGGCCGCGCUGUCGUCGAUACUGGCCGGGCUCUGCUAUGCGGAGUUCGGAGCCCGUGUCCCCAAGACCGGCUCUGCCUACCUCUACAGCUACGUCACGGUUGGUGAGAUCUGGGCUUUCACCACCGGAUGGAACCUCAUCCUGUCCUACGUGAUAGGCACAGCCAGCGUGGCCCGAGCCUGGAGCGCGGCGUUCGACAACAUCAUCGGGAACCAGAUCUCCACCUUCUUCAUGAACAAGACCACGCUGCACCUGCCGGGGGUGCUGGCCGAGCGCCCGGAUUUCUUCGCGUUGAUCCUGAUCGCUCUGCUCACUGCACUGCUGACCUUCGGCGUCAGCGAGUCGGCCCUGGUGAACAAAAUCUUCACGGCGGUGAACCUGCUGGUGCUGGCCUUCGUCUUCAUCGCCGGCUGCAUCAAGGGAGACAUCAAGAACUGGCAGCUCACGCUGGAGGACUACGUCAACCUCACAGGCCCGCAUGAGCCAGAGGAGGACAGAAUGAAAGCCUUCGGCUCCGGUGGGUUUGUUCCCUUUAAGCUGGAAGGGAUCCUGAUGGGCGCUGCCACGUGUUUCUAUGCCUUCGUGGGUUUCGACUGCAUCGCCACCACAGGGGAGGAAGCCAGGAACCCGCAGCGCUCCAUCCCCAUUGGCAUCAUCGUGUCCCUCCUCAUCUGCUUUGUGGCCUAUUUUGGGGUCUCUGCGGCCCUCACGCUGAUGGUGCCCUACUUCCGUCUGAAUAAGAAGAGCCCGCUGCCCGAGGCUUUCAAGGAGGUGGGCUGGGAGCCUGCCCGCUAUGCCGUCGCCAUCGGCUCGCUCUGUGCACUCUCCACCAGCUUGCUGGGCUCCAUGUUUCCCAUGCCACGUGUGAUCUACGCCAUGGCAGAGGAUGGGCUGCUCUUCAAGUUCCUCUCCAGAAUCAACAGCCGCACAAAGACUCCUCUCUCAGCCACCAUCACCUCAGGGCUGCUCGCAGCGGUGUUGGCCUUCCUGCUUGACCUGAAAGACCUGGUGGAUCUCAUGUCGAUCGGCACGCUGCUGGCCUACUCCCUGGUCGCUGUGUGCGUGCUCAUCCUCCGGUACCAGUCUGGGCAGUUGAACUCCCCGAAGGCCAUGGAGAUGCUGGAGCUGAAUGGGAACGAGGAGGAGAGGGUCGUCAUGAACCCAAACAUCACUGCCACGGGCACCAAACAGAAGGAGAUGCUGUCCCUUGCAGCGCUCUUCAAUCCAUCUGCAGACGCUCCCACGGCGCUCUCAGGGCGCAUCGUGUAUAUCUGCGUCUCGAUCAUGGCUGCGCUGGUCACGGUCAUCUGUGUGGUGCUGACCCUCAAGGUGAAGGCGCUGAAGGAGGCCAACGUGGCCUGGAUCUUGGUCCUGGUGCUACUCCUCGUGGCUCUGCUCAUCCCCACCAUCAUCAUUUGGAGGCAGCCACAGAGCAAUGUGCGGUUGAACUUCAAGGUACCUUUCCUCCCGCUCCUGCCACUCUGCAGUAUCUUCGUUAACAUCCUGCUGAUGGUGCAGCUGAGUACUGGCACCUGGGUGCGCUUUGCCAUAUGGAUGGCUGUGGGUUUUGUGAUAUACUUUGGCUACGGCAUUCGGAACAGCGUGGAAGGGAAAAAUGCAAAAGAGCUUCGAGGUGCCACGACCGAGAACCCUCUACACCACCCGGGGAUGGAGCUCAGCCCUGGGGCUGCUGCGAUCUGAGAGGCGGUGGCUGAGAUCGACAUCGGUACUCGGAGGACUCUCAGUAUUGCAGUGCUGGUACGGGACCAUAGACCGCUCAGCACAGCCAUCCCGUGGGGCCUGAGCCCAGAGUCUGCCGUGCGCUGCCCUUUCCCCUUGCUGAGCAGAGGUCGCGGAGAGGAAACCCCGGGCUGGGGGAACGCUGGUGGCCCGGGGGCUGCUCCCGCCCCUCCGAGGGGCAAUGACACCGGUACGGCCCUCCCAGUGUGAAAGCUGCUGUCACAUGCUGUUUCUCCUGCCCACGGUACAUUCCAUGUGAUGGUACUGCUGUAUUCAUGGCAAUGCAGUCGUGACUGAGGUUGGAAGCGCCUCGUCCUGGUACUGCCCGGUGCCUUGCAGCAGCACAGGGCUCAGCGCCCGCAGCCCCAAUCCGAUCCCACGCCCGCGCUGAGCCCUGCGCUGCCAGGCCCGUGUUGCUUGGUGUGAGCAUCACACUCAGCUGCUCGUAAUGCUGUCUGCAGUGUAGACAUGAGUGUCCAGCCUCGUAUGCCUCGGUACAAUUGGAAUUUCAGUGUCAAUUUUUAUACUUAUUGAAGUCUAAA